AUGAGCGUCACAGGCUCAAGGGCUGCCGGCAUGGUGGCCCAGAACUGGAGAUGCAGUUACCAGACCUCCAUGGUACUGUCAUCUGUGUCUCGACCACAUCAUCCAUGUGUCGCUGCUAGCUGCUUCAGACGGGCUCUCUUUCAGGCGACACCACCUCGCAUGAAGCGGCCACCGGCCAAGGAACCGGCAUCAAAACAGCCACCGGCGGAGCCUAACCCGUCUUCACCAUCUCGGUCCAAUACAGACAGAGUGGCUCGUAUACCACAAACUCGGGCAGCGCCUUUGCCGUACCGGCCAUUACCAUUCGCCUCGUCAGACAAGAGCAAGCAGGACGACCAGCAGCAGCAGCAGCAAGGAAAGAAGGAGAAAGGAAAGGAAAAGCCGGAAGCUCUCGACAGUCUCUUUUCACAGCGGAAACUGCCCCUUAUUGGCGCAGCCCUGGCUGCGGGUGUCCUGGGCUUCUACAUUAUGCCCCUGCUCAUCACCUACCUCAAGGGCGGCUGCCGCGACGACCACCAGCACGCCGAGGUUGCGCCCGAUGCCAUUCCCACGGGUCUUCCUCCCGUCGGUGCUGCCGCAUUUGACGCCUCUCUGGAUGUGCCAGAGCGCAUCAUGGGCAUCAAGCAUGAGCGCAAGAAGCUGGCCAGCGGGUCGUCGGGCGCCGUACUCGAGGUGGCCGUCGGCACCGGCCGCAACGUGAGCUACUACGUGUGGGAUCCGGCUACGUUCACACCCUCCUACAUCAGGUCCUCGGCUGCGACAGCCGACUUGCUCAACGGAAACAAGGAGCGUCCCAAGAUCACAUCGUUUACGGGCGUCGACUUGUCGGGUGAGGCGCUGGGCAUGGCGCGCACACAGCUGCGCGUCACCGUCCCGGCUGUGGCUGCUGCCAUCCCCAAGAAGGCGCCCGCCAUCGAUGACGCUGUCAGCGCCGAUGCCGAGGUCGUCAGUACCCUCGACGGCAAGGUGCGCCUCAUCCGCGGCGACGCGAUGCAGCCCUUGCCGCUGCCCGCGCCGUCGACCAACACCGCCCGCUACGAUACGGUCGUCCAGACCUUUGGCCUCUGCUCGGUGGCCGACCCCGUCGUCCUGAUUGCCAACAUGGCCGCCGUCGUCAAGCCCGAGACGGGCCGCAUUGUCUUGCUCGAGCACGGCCGCGGCAGUUGGUCCGUGGUCAACUCGCUGCUGGACCAGUACGCGAGCCGCCAUUUUGCCCGCUUUGGCUGCUGGUGGAACCGCGACAUGGCGGCGAUUGUGGCCAAAGCACAGGAGACGGUUCCCGGUCUGGAGGUGGUGUCGGUGAAGCGGCCAGGGUGGCUGCAAUUCGGGACGCUCUGGAAGAUUGAGCUGCGGGUGAGGGAGGCCGCAGCAAAGAAGUAA